CACGGCGUAAGCACCGCCCGCCCGGUCGCAGUCAACAGCGCCGCAGUCGAUUUUCUCCUUCGUCGGCUAAGCGAGCGGCAGCUAACUAUGAUUCGCCACAUUCGUUGACCGAAAACGAGUCGCUCGACCGACUUCGCCAUCCGUCAGCUUUUUUUUUUUUUGGUUGGUUGCGCUUCUCCGUCGACGGCGACAACCGACGCCGAGCCAAAGCGGCGAGGGCGGCGACAUCUCGCCGCAGCUGGAGGCAACUAGCGCGGUUAGCAUCUCGGCCGGGCGACGCUAGCUUGGCCGAAUGGAUGACAGUUGGCUCGCCUAAACAACUGCGUCUCACGCAUCGACUCCACCGGGCAAUGAUUCGUCUAUGACAGCGAAGACCGAGAGGGCCGCUCGGUUCCGUGUGACCGCACGUUAUCUCGGGCAAGGUGGGGGCAUCGCGGACUUGCUUCUUGCCACUUUGGCCGAUCCCAAUCCGGACCCGCCAGCAUGAUGCCGAUGAUAUUGACGGUGUACCUCAGCGACGGGGAGCAGGCCACGGCGGAGGUACCCGUCACCCCCGAGACCACGUGCCGCGACGUGGUGGAGUUCUGCAAGGAGCCGGGCGAAAGCGGCUGCCACCUGGCUGAGGUCUGGAGAGGCAACGAGCGAGCCAUCCCCUUUGAGCACAUGAUGUACGAACAUCUGCAGAAAUGGGGCCCCCGCAAGCAGGAGGUCAAGUUCUUCCUGCGGCACGAAGAUUCCCCGACUGAGAGCGGCGAUCAGGGGAGUCAGCAGUCCCCGGAUCAAGCCGGUGGUCGGAGGAGCGGCAACGCCGGAGAGAAGCCCAACGAGAACGGGGUAGGGAACCAGCGCGCAGAGCUGACGCUUUCCGAGCUGCAGGAGAUGGCCACCAGGCAGCAGCAGCAGAUUGAGGCUCAGCAGCAGAUGCUCGUCGCCAAGGAGCAGCGUCUGCGCUACCUCAAACAGCAGGAGCGGCGUCAGCAGCAGACGGCCACCGAGAGCGAGAAGCUGCAGCGGCUGAAGGAGCGCGUGGAGAGCCAGGAAGCCAAGCUCAAGAAGAUCCGGGCCAUGCGGGGCCAGGUGGACUACAGCAAGGUCAUCAACGGCAACCUGUCGGCAGAGAUUGAGCAGGUGAGUGGCCUGUUCCAGGAGAAGCAGGCCGAGCUGCAGGCGGCCGUGCUGCGGGUGGAGCAGCUCAACUUGCAGCUGGAGGACCUGCGCCGGGGCAAGCUCAACGGUGUCCCGACCGCGCCGGGCGGCCAAGUGACCGGCGCCGCCGCCCUGGAGCUGCGGAAGCUUUACCAGGAGCUCCAAAUCCGCAACAAACUGAACCUGGAGCAGAACAGCAAGCUGCAGCAGCAGAAGGAGCUCCUCAACAAGCGCAACAUGGAGGUGACGCUCAUGGACAAGCGCAUCAGCGAGCUGCGGGAGCGCCUCUACAAGAAAAAAGCUGAGGCACGUCAAAAAGAGAACCUCCCUCUCAACAGGGCCAACGGGCCGCCCUCGCCGCAGCCGGCCGCCGGCACGCUGGGCCGGGUGGCCGCCGUGGGUCCCUACAUCCAAGUUCCCGUGCCGACCCGACAGGACGCGGGCUACGCCUCGCCGCCCGAACCGCUCAAGCCGCACACCCUGGGCGUCAACAACCAAGCCAACCAAGGCCGCGGCAAAUCAGAUGUUUCCGUCUCGCGGGGCGCGGGUUGGACGCUCGCAGACGGCGGCGCGCAAAAGCCCCCCGGCGGCCCCUGGAAGGUGUCCGAUUUAGACAUCGUGGUGGACCCGCUGCCUCCGCCCACUCCGGAGUCUCACCCGAGCCCGGGAGCCUCGGCCGGCUCCGACGGCACGUCCCCCGCUGACGGCGGUUGGCCUCCGGUGGCCAAGACGGGCGCAUCCCUGAAACCUCCGGAGAGAAGAGACUCGGAUACGCAGGCUAAGACCCCCGCUUCCGGUGCCGAAAAGGCGCUCGACUCCAAAAUGGGCGCCUCGUCCCCUUCCGCGGCCAAACCGCAGCCGCCGCCGUACGGUUCGCACCUCUCUCUGGAGCGCCGCAAGGAUGCGCCUCGCCAGCCGGCAAACCCGCCGGUACCCGCUUGGCCCCGCGUGCCGGCCGCCAGCGGCUCUUCCUCGCAGCAGAUCCAGCAGCGCAUCUCGGUGCCGCCGAGCCCCACCUUCCAGCCCCACGCGCCGCUCUUCCCCCCCGGCGCGAGCGAGAGGCCGGACCACCACCCGCCGGCCGUGGCCGUGCGCCCCUUCGUUCCGGACAGGGGCUCGCGGCCCCAGUCGCCCCGCAAGGGCCCGGCCACCAUGAACUCCAGCUCCAUCUAUCACAUGUACCUCCAGCAGGCGGCGCCAAAGAGUCAGCCGCUCAAACCUGCGCUCAAAGCAGUCUACGGGAAGCCUGUCCUCCCUCCCAACUCCACUCCCCCCUCCCCCCUGCCUUUUGUCCCGGCCGGGGGGGCCUUCCCGUUGCCCCCGGGUCCGCCCGGCGGCGCCGAGGACGCGCCGGACGGCGGCGCGGAAGAUCACGAGGGCCUGCGCCAGGCGGAGCCAUCGGCUCCGCCCCCCAGCGUGGAGAACAUCCCCCGGCCGCUCAGCCCCACCAAGCUCACGCCCAUGGUCCACUCGCCGAUGCGCUACCAAAGCGACGCCGACCUGGAGGUCCUCCGCAAAAAGCUGGCCAACGCUCCGAGGCCCCUCAAGAAGCGCAGCUCCAUCACGGAACCGGAGGGCCCGAGCGGACCCAACAUCCAGAAACUUCUCUACCAGAGAUUCAACACUCUCGCUGGGGGCAUGGAGGGAAGCGCCGGCGCGGGCGGCACCAACGGCGCGGGCGGCGGGACGCCAUUUUAUCAACCCGCGACUCCUCCGGACUCUGUGGGCUGCGACCCGGCCGCGUACACGGACGGCGGCGACCUUCCCUCGGACAUCUUGCCGCCGCCCGAGUCGGCUUCAUCGAUUGACCCUAACGACAACCAGCCGCUGCCUCCGCCUCCCGAAGGACUUUUGGGCCCUCCUGAAGAGCAAGGACCCGAAGCCGCCGACGACGACAAUGACGACGACGACGACAACGCGGAAAGCGCCGAGGCUCUGUUGCCCAGCCCCGUGCCGGAGGUGACGUCUCCAGAGGAGAGCGGUAUCGCGCUGACCCAACCGUCGCGUACAAACCUGAAGAAGCCAGAGUCUGAGCGCACCGGCCAUGGCUUCCGGGUUAAGUUCAACCCUCUGGCUCUCCUGCUGGACGCAUCGUUGGAGGGAGAAUUUGACCUGGUCCAGAGGAUCAUCUACGAGGUGGAGAAUCCCAGCACGCCCAACGACGAGGGCAUCACCCCGCUGCAUAACGCCGUAUGCGCCGGACACCACCACAUAGUCAAAUUCCUGCUGGAUUUCGGCGUCAACGUCAACGCGGCCGACAGCGACGGAUGGACUCCGCUCCACUGCGCUGCCUCGUGCAACAGCGUGCACCUGUGCAAGUUGUUGGUGGAGUCGGGGGCCGCCAUCUUUGCCAGCACCAUCAGCGACGUGGAGACGGCCGCAGAUAAGUGUGAGGAGAUGGAGGAGGGCUACGUCCAGUGCUCCCAGUUCCUAUACGGCGUUCAGGAAAAGAUGGGCGUCAUGAACAAGGGCACGGUGUACGCCCUGUGGGCCUACGAGGCUCAGAACCAGGACGAGUUGUCUUUCGGCGAGGGAGACGCCGUCACCAUCCUGCGGCGGCAGGAUGACAGCGAGACGGAGUGGUGGUGGGCGCAGCUGGAGGACACCGAGGGCUACGUGCCGCGCAACCUGCUGGGGCUCUACCCUCGGAUCAAACCUCGCCAGCGCACCUUGGCGUAGCGUCGCCCUCCUAAAACAAAGAGCAGAGAACAAACGAGCCUCAUCGAUCUUCUCCUGGUGGCCAUUUUUCUUCCCCCGGCCCCGUUGCCGUUCAUUUGCACACACACGCGCACACACACACACCCCGUGAUAGACAAGCACUCCAAAAGAGGGGAAAAUGUCCUGGUCACAUAGAAGCCGGCCGGCCCUCUACGUUGCCCCCUUGCACAGUGCAGCUCUUUAAGGUAACCUUUGUCGCCGCAGAACUUCCUUCUUCUCUUCACCCAUCCCUUCUUCCAUCGUUAUGGUCAGUAUGAGUCGACAGAGCAGCGAUAACAAGGUGACAUUUGAUUGCAUUUUUGAACCCCCCCCCUUCCCUUUUUGAGAAGAAUGAACCCAAAUUAUUUUUUUGUGUUUUUAAAAAUUGCAAUAGGUAGUUUGUAUGUUGAAAAGUUUUAUUGGGUGUACUGUUCAAAAAAAAAAAAAAGUUAGCACGUCACGACAAAGGCAAGGUCAACCCUACUUGCGAAAAGAUGCCAAAUUACCUUUCCAGGUGAACUCUCUCACGGUUGCAUCAUCUUCCCAAAGUCUUUA